AUGGCGUGGUGUGACCGAGGGGUUCAGACUUUGUUGGCCGUGGUGGGGGCCUUCGCCGCCUUCAGCCUCAUGACCAUCGCCAUCGGCACCGACUACUGGCUCUACUCCCGCGCGUACAUCUGCAACGCCACCAAUGUCACCACGGAUGAGACCCAGAUGCAAACCAAGAAAGUCAAAGGCGACAUGACGCACUCCGGGCUGUGGAGGAUCUGCUGUAUAGAAGGUAUCAACAAAGGAAGCUGCUUCCGGAUCAAUCACUUUCCAGAGGAUAACGACUACGAUACAGACAGCUCAGAGUACAUCUUACGUAUAGUCCGUGCAUCAAGUCUGUUCCCAAUUCUCAGCACCAUCCUUCUGAUGUUGGGCGGCAUGUGUGUCGGCGUGGGAAGGCUUUACAGCAGAAAAAACAACAUCCUUCUCAGUGCAGGCAUCCUGUUUGUGGCUGCAGGGUUAAGCAACAUCAUUGGCAUCAUCGUCUACAUCUCUAGUAAUGCUGGAGACCCCAGUGACAAGAAGGACGAGGAUAAGAAGAACCAGUACAACUAUGGCUGGUCCUUUUACUUCGGUGCCCUUUCCUUCAUCGUGGCAGAGUCAGUGGGCGUUCUCGCAGUCAACAUAUACAUUGAAAAAAACAAAGAGACGCGCUUCAGAGCCAAACACGACUUCAUCAAAGCCACCUCGUCCUCUUCACCGUACUCCCGCAUACCAAGUUAUCGCUACAGACGGAGGCGUUCACGCUCCAGUUCAAGAUCAUCGGACCCAUCGCGUGAGCCGUCCCCAGUGGGAAUGAAAACUGGUGGAGGAUCUGGAGGGGGAGGUUUGGGAAUGGGUCUACCGAUGGGGGAUAUAUCCCUUUAUGCUCUCAGCAGAGACCCUUUGAAGGGUGGAGGUGGACCUGCACGGUCUUAUAGCCCUGAGAGAGAUGCUGGGUUUUUACAAGUCCACAACUGUUUCCAGAAAGACGUGAAAAAUGGAGCAAACCGGAGGACCACGCCAGUAUGAGGUCAGGACAGUGUUGCCGUUUUUAAACAAAAAUUUUAUCAGAACAUUUUAAAUGUGCGGAUGUGACGAAAGGAGAGUUUUCCUUUGGGUGUUUUUCCUGCGUCAGCAAUGUUGAACAUUAAUUU